GAGGGCGAGAAAGACAGAGGGAGCAAGAGAGAAAGAGAGGGAGAGAGUCAGUGCGAGAGAGAGAGAGAGGGAGAUGAACAGACACACAAACAGACAGACAAGCGAAAUGACGCCCCUCACAUUAUUUUAUUAUUAAAUUUAUCUAUUGCAUUUAGAUCAGUUUUAGGUAAUAAAAAUGUCUGCUUGUUUUUUUUUUAUUUUGUUGUUGUUUUUUUUUUUUUUUUUUUUGUUUUUUGUUUAACGGUAUUUUUUUCUUAAAAUUAUUGCCUCUUAAAAUUAUUAACUCUUUUUAAUAUUUACAGGCACUGGAGGACAACCUGAGAGCAUCAAGUGCAGCCAUGCUGUGGAUAUUUCAUUUCUUUUUUCAUUAAAAACGUCGUUUAAAGGAUGUGUUUACUCAGUUACUAGCACAACCAAAGUGUGCCCGUCCUUCGAGCGAAUGGAAUUUCGUGAUUCUAAACGCAUCAUUCAGUUAGCCUUCUUGUUUCAUUUUGAACAAGACCUAAAGCCUAAGGCUUGGAAAUAAUAGGAUAACAAAGGUUAAUUUCAUUGAUCUAUACAAGAGUGGAUAGUUGGUUUUUUUUUCCUUUUUUCUUUGGAUUUAGUUCCACGGGGAGUUGUGGAUAUGGAUGAUACCGAGGGUCACGUCUCUUCCAAUUCUAACAUGUCCAGCUCGAAGCAGGAAGUGGUUUAUGGGAUACUGGCCUCUAUAAUGGAGGAGGAGUCGGAGGAGGGUGACGUUGCACUGCGUAUAGCGGACAGUCUCAGGCCUUACAACAUGUCCCUGAAGCCUGUUGAGCUGGACCUGAUCAAGGAGUUAGUUCUUCCGAAGAUACUUGGACACAAGCAUCAACCUCUGAGCAUCGUCAUACCAAUAACCAUCGUCUAUUCCAUCAUCUUUGUCACGGGCGUCGUUGGAAACUUUUGCACCUGUCUAGUCAUAAUAAGAAACAAAUAUAUGCGAACAGUGACCAACUACUAUCUCUUCAAUCUGUCCAUCUCUGACCUUCUACUGCUGCUGAUGGGCCUCCCUAUGGAGAUCUAUCUCACUUGGUCUCAGUACCCUUUCCCCUUCGGGGAGGCCUUCUGCAGGUUUCGCUUCUGGGCGUCCGAAGUGUCCAGCAACGUGUCAGUGCUGACCAUUACAGCUUUCACAGUAGAGCGCUACAUGGCCAUUUGUCAUCCUAUCAGAUUCCCUACCCACCCCGGACUGUCCAGGCCUCUAAGGGUAAUGACGGCUGUCUGGCUCUUGUCAUCGUUAUGGUGUAUCGGCCUGGCUCUGCAGAUGGGCCUAUCGUUCAAGCAGUGGAACCAAGAGAAAAUUGAGGAGUCUGCAAGGUGUGAGAUGCUGAGUCCAAGCGUCGCCAUUACGGUGUUUCAGGUGUCCUCCAUUAUAUUUUUCAUCAUACCAAUGUCUUUGAUCGCCCUGUUGUAUUUCUUCAUUGCCCUGGCCAUCAGGAGGUCCACGCUGAUUAGAGCCGGCUCUAACUCGUCCAAUGACUGCUCCCACACGCACUCUAACAGCGACGUGCGACAGAACAGCACCAACCAGCAGCACGCCAGAAUCAGGCAGUCGGUUCUCAAGAUGUUGGUGGCUGUUGUAGUGGCGUUCUUUAUCUGCUGGGCGCCCUUCCACAGUCAACGCCUUCUGUCGGUGUACGACGGGACUUCCAGUAAAAACAUGGAGGCCCACAACGUCGUGUUAUAUAUCAGCGGCGUCACCUACUACGUUAGUGCCACUGUCAACCCGGUACUAUACAGCAUUAUGUCCCUCAAGUUUCGCCAAGCGUUCAGGGCCACCCUGCUGUGCUGCUGUUCAUGGGCUCGGUCAAGGCCGAAGAGGCGCGCUAAUAGAAACUCCUACACCUUCAAGUUCCACCACCGGGCAGCCCAAGCCAACACUCACUGCUCCAUCGUCGAGAGCAGCAGCAGCAACACCAACAAUAACGUCAGCAACAACAACAAGCAGGUGGCCAACUUCACCACGCCCGUCUUGUGCUGCGUCGUCGGGAACGAGGCCGUGUCCACGCAGCUGGAAGGACGUCCGCUGGUCGGCGUCGUAGCCUGCGAGCCCCCCAGACGGCAUAGCUACGAGAGUAACUGCUACGGGCCGGCAAAUAACCUCCCAAGAAUGUUAUGAAGAUGGGUGAACGUUAUGACGUCAUCAUUUCUUGUGCUCAAGUGUCUACACGCUUCAAGUUUUGAAGGUAAAUGUAAUGCAACUGCCAAAAAAAAAAUCGGACAGAAAAAACAAGGCACUCAAAGAUUUGAAUAAUCUUGGAGCGUAUUUUCACCAUCAUUUCUUAGAUGGAAUUUGUAUUACAAAAUUUGCAUUCUUGAAGCUCAGAGACAGAGACUAUUUCACUUCCCUCUUCUUGCCACUAGUUGCGCAGAGUUCUUGUGCGCACUCCAUAAACAUGCCACGGUAUUCAAAACGAGGCUGAGUCGUGUAUGAACUCCUGCAGACGUGUAUGCAAAUGAUCUCGUGCACUUAUAGACAGCGUGAGGAUAUCAAUUCGAGGCACUCCCUCUGUCAACAUGGCGAAACUAUAUUUAUACAUAUGUACAUCAUGUAAAAUGAAGAUGAGAUACUAUCAUAUUUUCUAUGUACCUGAGUCGACCUGACCAUAAAAAGGCUACAACUUUUUCUUUCAUUGCCAUUUCAUUAUUUGUACUAAAAAUAUUACAUAAAUGCACAUUAUUGUGUUUUAUUCACAUAACAUUCACAUAACAUUCUAGCAUCAUAUAAAAAAGUUAGCCUUUGUUUCGGAAUUAAAUUUAGGGAACACGCGUAGGACGUAAUCAACGUAAUCAACGUUAUCAACUUAUUAUUAUUAUUUUUUUUUUUUU